UUAUAGCAAAAACGUGGAAGGACGGACUUCAUCCAGCGUCCAGAGAAGGAAAUUAUGAAAUAAAAGUUGGCAACUGUUUUAAUUUGUUUUAGAAUGCGGAAUGAGCCGCAAUUUCCACUCCUCAUGGUGGUGGUUGAUACUAACAAGUGAGACACAGAGUGGCCCGUGAUGUUGUCUCCAAUCAUUCACUUCUUUACAAAAAGCCCAACAGUUUUAGAGGAAAGUAAAGACUUUAAAAGAUUCCAAAUGGCAGGGAGCUCCGGUUACAAGGAGUACGUCGCUGGCUUGUUGGCCGGUGUUGCUACUGUUAUUACCGGUCAUCCUUUUGAUACUGUCAAGGUGAAGCUGCAAGAACACAAUACUGAAACUCAUGGGAUUCAGUACAAGAAUGGAUUGCAUUGCACUGCAAGGACACUAAGCACUGACGGGUACUGUACAGGGGAGCAACACCAUCUUUUUUUGGCAUGGCUUUUGAGAGUUCACUGCUUUUUGGCAUCUACUCCCAAACAAAACAAAUUCUGCAGGGAGUGGCACAAAAACGAUGGGCCUCAACCCCAAGUAAUAAUUCCUUCCGCUGCUUUUGGUGGAUCUGUUAUCAGUUUUGUUUUGUGUCCGUCUGAGUUAGUGAAGUGUAGGAUGCAAGUUCAAGGGACUGACUCUUUGGUUCCAAAUUCCAGUAGAUACACUAGUCCUCUUGAUUGUGCACUUAAAACUGUAAAAAGUGAAGGGGUUACAGCAAUAUUUCGUGGGGGAUCAACAACACUGUUAAGAGAAGCUUUGGGAAAUGCUGUCUUUUCCAGCAUCUAUGAGAAUGUUCGUUAUUACAUGCAUAUACGACUUAAAGCUGCUUCAUCUGAUCACAGAAACUUGAUUGACAUGGGAAUUGGGAUUGUGAGUGGCGGUCUUGGUGGUGUAGCUUUCUGGUCAGCCGUUUUGCCUUUGGUUGUGGCAAAAACUAUUAUCCAGACUGAUCCUGAUAAAAAUUCCACUAGAAAUCCUUUUCAGAUUUUGAACUCGAUUUACAGGAGAGCUGGAUUGAAGGGAUGCUAUGCAGGCUUAGGUCCUACAAUAGCAAGGGCCUUUCCUGCUAAUGCAGCUGCCAUUGUCACCUGGGAGCUAGCCAUACAAUUGCUAGGGAUCAGGCAUAACUAGGGAUUUUACUCCAUCUACUACAUAGCUUAUCUGCGGAUAUUUCAUGUGGUAUCAGAGCUUGAUUUUUGUGAAAGGAAGAAUGCAUAUUCUAACCUGUCAAAGUGAUCAUUUAGUGUAGAGUAGUUGGACAAACAAAUGGCAAUUGCGCUGUCAAUUUUGUCUACUUCUGUUAUUAUCAGGGGCCAUAAUAGUUUACCUAUUUUACAAUACCGAAAGGAUUUCGGAAUUGUUUUGUAAAUGUCCCUGAAUCAUAUACACUGUUCAAGCUUGCUGAACUUGGUCAUGGCAAUUCACCAUGUGAUUUUCUACUUCACUGCAGUGGCCUCUAUGAAAAUAGUGAAAUCUUCAUGACUAGCAAUA